AGGCCAAUCUUUUCCUGAAUGUCAGAUUAAACAGGAGCAACAAAAAUUUUUCAAAAAAAAAAAUGUUUAAGGACGAAUGUCUGGAAUCAAUCACAAUAAAAUCAGAUAUCAAAGAAGAAAAGUAUGUUCGUGAUCAGUUAUGUCAGACAAAGCAAGUUAAAAGUGUAGAUACUGGCUGUCAAUCAAUUGACAGAUGUAGCAUAGAAUUACAAACAGACUUUGACAGCGUGUUGCCUCAGUCAACUCGCAUAAAAAUUGACACUUCCAAAAGUUUGACAAAUUUUAUGCUUUCUGUUUACCCCAUCAUCAGUGAGCAGCUACUUGCGAAUGCUAGAAGCCAUGCUUUUGAAGGUUAUGAAGUUGAUUGGGAGGAAGAGAAAGAAAUAGAGACAGUUUCGUGCCUGCACACCCUUCACAAUGAAAGCACAUCCAAAGACCACAAUGUUACAUCACUUUCUUGGAACUGCACUGGGUCAGUUAUAGCCGCAGCUCUGGGCUCGUUUAAUCAUGAUUCGUGGUGCGUUCAUCAGUCUUUUGUUUUUCUGUGGAACAUUGACAGAUCUAAUAUUGAUGAAUGUAAACCCGACAAAUUGAUUGAUUCAGAUACAUGCUUAAUGUCAAUUGCAUUUCAUCCCAAGCAACCAGCUCUUUUAGCUGGUGGGGAUUUUUCAGGUAAGGUUUACAUAUGGGAUAUGAGUUAUGAAGAUAACCCACUAGUGGCAUAUUCAGGAAAGGAUAGUAUUUCACACCAGGAACCAGUUACAAAAGUUUUGUGGACAGCUUCAUCGUCACUGAGGAAGCAUACUUUGAUAAGCGUUGGUUCUGAUGGUCAAAUGCUAGUGUGGGAGUUUAACCAAUUACGCAAGGAAUUGAAAUUAAAUCGGAAAUUUCUCAUGCAAAGCAACACAAUACCAAGAUCUUUUCGAAUGGGUAUGACAAGAAAUGAUCUUAAAAUUGGCAUUACAUGCUUGUCUCCUUCUUUCCAGGAUUCAAGCUCAGUUUUCAUUGGAAUGGAGAAUGGAGGUGUUUUCAAAUGUUUAAUUGAUUCAAAAGCUAGUGGUGAGAAUUCCUCACAAUCACCUGUAUCACAAGCAUACAUGCCUCAUUCUGGUACUGUGAAUGGCAUUGAUGUGUCUCCUCAAUUUGACAACAUAUUUUUAACUUGUGCAUCAGAUAUGAAAGUACAUAUCUAUAACACACAGCAGGUAAAACCUAUCAUUGUAAUUGAAUCGACUGCGGAAUAUCUUUUCAAGGCACAUUGGUCAAAAACAAAAGCGACAGUUUUUAUGAUAACAACAUCAGAUGGCAAUCUAUUGGUGUUUGAUUUAAUGCGAAAUCCAGUUUCUCCUGUUAAUAUCAUUCGUGUUGAUGAAAAAAAAGCUGGUGUACAUGCUCUUGCUUGUAACGGAUAUCAACAUAAUAUCAUUGCAACUGGAGAUUCAUAUGGCAUUAUUAAAGUCUGGGUACUUCCCACUAUUCUUACUCAAGAAAAAAGUAGCGAGACAAGUUAUUUUAAUAAUUUGGAAGCAACUGAUUGGUAGGAAAAUCAUUUGCUACAACUGAUCAACUUUUGUUCCGAUUUUUUAAAUGUUUAUUAAAUAAAUUUGUGUAUUUAUAAAGAGACAAUGUAUUUAUUAUUCAUAGGUCUGUGUUUUUAUUGUGUAUAUUGUGUAUAUAUGUAGCAUAAUUUUUGUUUUUCAACAUGGUGAAAACUUGAUUUUUUUGUGCACCUAAAAACCCACCUUUUCAAAGAUUGCCUAUAAGAUGACUUGGCUUACAAAUAUUUGCAGAUUUUUCUACAUGCAUAGCAUUCUGGUAGGUAAAAAAAGCAAAAGAGCUGAAAUAAAUCUUUUUUUAACUCUAUUUUUUUCUCUGUGUUUUACAAAGUAAAUGUCUUUUGUUGAGUGGAUUUUUUUAUUACUGAGCUCUGUCGGUUUUAAUUUUCUACCCACCAAAAAUGUUUUGCACAUGUCCCUCAACAGAAAGUCAUCUAUGUAACAUACCUAUUACCUUGGACUAUCCAAGAAGUCUUCUGAUAUGCUGAUAUUUUUCUUUAUUUUUGGUUAAAAUACCAUAUUGUUUUUUCAUUUUUUUUUCACGUGUGUUGGCACUUAAAAAAUCACAAGCCCUUUUUUAUAGAACUUCUUCAACAGUUUAGUUAUAUUGCUGAGAUAAAAAAUUGUAAAGCUUGACAAUACUGUAUCUAUGAAUUAUAUGUUUUCUUCCUUU